CUCCGGCCCUGGAGAGCGCCCGCGCUCAGACCCCGCGAGCCCCGAGCCCAGGCCAGCGUCUGGGGCGCACGCAUGGCGGGGGCCCAGCCCCGAGCAGCUCACCGGCCAGCCUCUCCCAGCAACAGCGCCCAGCGCGGAAGACAGGCCACCCGGCCCGCGAACGCGCUGUGGGGUCCGGGUGUGCGGAGAGGGAAGUUCCGGAGCCUGCAGCGACCCAGCUGCGCUCCCAGGUCGGCGUCUCCGCGGAGCUGUCCCACUCGCCCUGCGCCCUGCGGGGCUGCGCUGCGGCUUGACUCUGAAAUUUCCGCCGACCGGGUCAUCCGCUGUCCUGGCUGCUCCGGGCUUUCGACACCGAGGACGCUCCCAGGGAAAUGGCUAACAGACUGGCGAGGGGCGCGGGAGCAGUUGCUGCCCAAACCCCAACAGGAGCAAGUUCACGCCCCGCGGAGGCAGGGAUGGAGGCCCCGGGGAGAGCAGGCCCCUUCCCCUCGGCCCACCCAGGACGCUCUCCCAGUGGGGCGGCGAGCAGGUGUCAGGCACUGGCUACCCCGGGAGCCGACUCCGAGCCUCGCCCUGACGCGCGCUGCUGCGGACAUCCUAAAAACCUUUACCCUUCAAACACAAAUUAUGGAAAUUUAAUCUUUCCCCCCCGGGAUCCCAGCUGCUAUUGCCUGUGAGGACUCGCUUCCCUUCUCCUCAGCCUCCCUCUGCGUCUGCGGGGCGGGGACCUUUUGCAUUUGAACUUCGCGCAGUUUGCUAUUUUCGUCGAAGCUCGCAGGAAGCUGGAGCCCGGCGCUGCUCGAGUGCGCGCGCUCCAGGCUCGGAGUAGUGAGAAGGCCGGGAGCACAGAUGAGAGCUACGUGCGUUAGAGCAAUGGUUAAGGGUGCAGAGGCAGUGAUGGCACGAAGAAUUUGAUCUUUUAAACUAGCGCGGCGGAGUCCGAGCUCUAAUCCAGGGUGAGGUGGGAAAGCGCAGCCGCCGGUUGCAGCUCCGCGCCCCGCGGGAAGGGCCGCAGCGCCCCCUGGAGGCGCAGGCCGAGCACUUCGAGGCGCCCGCCGCCGGGUGUGAGCGCGUGGCCGCCAGAUAUCUUGCCCGCCGCUGGGCUCCCUUCACGUGGACCUGGCUCCCUUUUGCGCUGACCCAGAGUAGUUUGCGCGGCGCACGUUGUAGGGGAAGGGGCUGGUCCUAUUGCGGGCCAAUAAACCAUUCCAUCCCCACUGCUGGAUCCUCUAGGGGAACCCCACGCGGCGCCUCCCCCCGCGAUAUUGUUCCUAGCGAGUUUCUAAAAUGAAUUUGAGGAUCCCUGACGCCCCACCGGGCUGCCGAGG